AGGCAUGAGGUAGGUACUUGUGUGUUACCUGUGGGCAUGAUGGUGGAACUGGUGUGUUUCCUGUAGGCAUGAGGUAGGUACUUGUGUGUUACCUGUGGACAUGAGGUGGGUACUGGUGUUCUACCUGUGGACAUGAGGUAGGUACUUGUGUGUUAUCUGUGGGCAUGAUGUGGGCAUGAGAUGGGUACUGGUGUUCUACCUGUGGACAUGAGAUGGGUACUGGUGUUCUACCUGUGGACAUGAGGUGGGUACUGGUGUUCUACCUGUGGACAUGAGAUGGGUACUGGUGUGUUUCCUGUGGGCAUAAGGUUAGUAUAAGUGUGUUACCUGGCGGCCAAAGGUUUAUACGAGGGAGAGGUAUAAAAUAUUCCCGCGUUUCGUAGUAAAGCGGGAAUAGUUUGUCUUGUUCGACACGUACUACAUAAUGUAGCUAGUGUAGCACGUGCUGUGUGCUAUUGCGUUUCGCAGUAAAUGCGAGUUGGGGUCAUUUCUAGCCGUCGUUCCGUACUGAGCGGUCAUACCAUUUUUAAUUAAGCAUCAUGGAUCCCGAAGUCGAACUCUGUAUUUCCAAACAAGUGAACUCGGCGAUAGAAUCGUCCCAGAACAAGAUUCUCUCUCAGUUGGAUCAGUUAAUGUCAGCUAGGCUCGGUUCUUUGGAAAAUAGGCUUUGUGACAGUUCUGAAGCCCAAUUAUGCAGAUUUCAACAAAACAUUUUGUGCGCCGAGUCCCACAAAUUUACUAAGAAAAGUUGUGAGGAUCAACAUAAGUUCAAUGAAAAAGUGAAAUCCAAGUUAGUGGAGGCAAACCAGUUGGCCGAUACAGAACCCUCGUCGUCAAAAGCCAAAAUAGCUGAGGGUAUUGACUUAAUAAAUUAUCGCCAAAAACUCGUAAAGCUGGCAGACACGUCCGAAGCCGGUUGGAAGGCAGUUGAGGAAUAUGUUGCCAACCCAAUUGCCUCUGACUCGGAUGACGAGAAAAAGAUAGACAGGGCCAGGGCCAGGGCAAAUAAAAAACUGAAAGCUAACAAGUCAAAAACCGGACGUGGAAGGAGCAGAUACACACCAUAUGACGACACGAGGAACGUGCAUAUGUCUACCAUUGGUCAGGAUAAUCACAAAGGCGUGUCGCCGAGGUCACAGAGGCCAGGGAUGUGUUUUGCAUGUGGCAAACCUGGACAUUGGCGGAUGGAGUGUCCCGCUAUCCUCAAGGCAUCGUCAUCAGCGGGUGUCAGCAAGAUAAGUAUUUUUUGCAAUUCUGUGCAUGUUUGUAUUGAGUCUGUAUGCUCUAAUGAAUCGGGGUCUCAUACACAAGGUGAGUCCAGUGUAACCGAGAAUAUGAUUCACAAUGUUUCAGCUAACAAUGAUAUUUCAAAAGAGGCGAUUUGUUCGCCCGUUGGCAGACUGAGAACUAAGUUCAAUCAUUGGGAAAAACAAGGCACUUGUAAUGCAGUUUUGGCUAUUAUACGCGAGGGUUAUAGAAUCCCAUUCCGAGAUGUUCCACCUUUUGCUAUUUUGAAUAACAAUAAGUCGGCAAGGGAAAAUCCCGAGUUCGUCCAAUCAGAAAUUCAAAAGCUGUUACGUUUGAAAUGUAUAUCUGAAGUCGCAUCGGCCCCAGAUGUAGUCAAUCCACUCACUGUAGCGUAUAACAAGGCUGACAAACCACGCCUAGUUUUAGAUUGUAGGCACAUCAAUUUGUUUUUGCAUAAAUUUAAAUUUAAAUAUGAAGACGUAAAAGUAGCUCGAGACAUGAUGGAAGUUGGCGAUUUCAUGUAUACCUUUGACCUUAAAUCAGCAUAUCACCAUAUAGAAAUUUUCCCUGAGCACCGUACAUAUUUGGGUUUUUCAUAUGUAGUUAAUGGUAAAAUGAGUUAUUACGUGUUCAACGUUCUACCUUUUGGUAUCGCUACGGCAGGAUACGUGUUUACAAAGGUGCUGAGGGAGGUCGUAAAGCACGUGCGUUCAAAAGGUUACAAACUAGUCAUGUAUUUAGAUGACGGUAUUGGAGGUCAGGCGACAGAAGGCGGGGCCAGUGAGGCAAGCAGGUAUGUACAGCAGUCAUUGGCUGAUUAUGGUUUCAUCAUUGCUCAAGACAAAUGUGAAUGGCAGCCGACACAGUUCGUCACGUGGCUAGGGUACACGUGGUCGAUGAGCGAAGGCGUGGUCAGGGUAACCAAUGGCAGGGUAGAACGCUUGCUGCUUUUGUUAGACCACACGAUGACACGUGUCACUCAAAGAGGUCAACUAUUGUUCAGUGCCAGGUAUGUAGCGGGUAUCAUAGGAAGGAUUAUUUCAAUGCAGACUGUGAUUGGCUGUCGGGCUAGACUGAGCACACGUGAGUUGUACACCUGUUUACUAUCCAGAGUGAGCUGGAAUGCGUGUGUAAUGUUGACAAAUGCAGCUCUAGACGAGAUAGAGUUCUGGUUAUUGAAUCUACGUCAAUUGAAUGACAAAGGCUCCAAACUGAAGGAGACUCGUACCUGCACCGCUGUAGUGUGCACUGAUGCUUCAGGCAUCGGGUUUGGAGGGUAUGCCUCCUCAUGUAUUGGUAUCCCUUUCGAUGAUUGGGACCUUACAGAUAACACACCUGUCAUUGUUGCCUUGGAGGACAAUGGGUUUUUGUCCCCAUGUGAGGGAAACCCUGUGAUGGGUAAUUGCGUAUCUAACGUAGGUCUGUCUACGGUAGCAAGUAUGGUUGCUGAUGAGGUUUCAGGCUUAGGACUUCGUCAAGUGGUCCAGAAUGCUGUCCGAGGUUCCGGAGUGAAGGAAGGGUCGUUUCUGGACAGACUAUCCUCCGGGAUGGCUGAGCGAAUUUUGUUAAGCAAAAGUGAAAACACUAACUGUAAAUAUUACGGCGCUUUCAAAAGAUGGGAGACUUUUAUAUCUUCUCAUGGAUUUCCCGCCCUACCUGCCAGUCCUGUACAUGUUGCUCUGUACAUGAACAAUCUGUUAGAUAAAGGAUCGACUUAUUCUGUGUUGAGUACGGCCAUGUAUGCUAUCAAAUGGGCACACAAUGUCAGUGGACAUACCGAUCCUACUACGAACACUUUCGUCAUCAGUCUAGUGGAGGCAUCAAAGCGCGUCGCCAAAAAGCCGGUGUGUAAGAAGGCUCCGGUCACUACUGACAUUUUAAUUACAUUGUGCUCCAUGUUUUCUCAGACAGAGGACUUGUUAAUAGUUAGAGAUUUGACAAUGAUGCUGAUUUGUUUUUCAGGUUUUUUGCGUUUUAGCGAACUUAGUGGUCUGCGUUGUUCAGAUGUUAAGAUGUUUCAGGAUUAUUUCUAUCUUGUUAUAAGAAAAAGUAAGACAGAUCAGUACCACCAAGGCAAUAAAGUUUUUAUAAGUAAGGGCAGUACAUCAGCCUGUCCCCACACCAUGUUAAAAAGAUAUAUAGAACGAGCGGGGAUUGAUCUAAAGUCCGACGAAUAUUUGUUUAAGCAGGUAUACAGAUCUGGGUCCAUUUGUAAGCUUAUUCACAAAAAUAAGCCCAUCAGUUAUACAGGAGCGAGAGAAGCUAUUAUCAAGAGAUUAAAAUUAGUUUCAGACGGGAAAGAGUUCGGUUUACAUUCACUACGGGCAGGGGUGCUACUGUUGCAGCAAAUAACGAUGUGAAUGAACGGUGUUUCAAAAGGCAUGGUCGCUGGAAGAGCGAAUCAAGCAAAGAUGGCUAUGUAGCCGAUUCUUUAUCAAAAAUGUUACAAGUAACUCAGAACUUAGGUUUGUAAUUUUGUAUCAAUAUCAGUGCAACACCCUUUCUUUGUAAUUCUAUUUAAACGGCGGGCUAGACGGCAAAUGGAUAUUUGCGUUUUUGUUGUAUGUUGGAAGGCACAUUUUAGUGUAGAGAAGACUAAAAUAUUCCCGCGUUUCGUAGUAAAGCGGGAAUAGUUUGUCUUGUUCGACACGUACUACAUAAUGUAGCUAGUGUAGCACGUGCUGUGUGCUAUUGCGUUUCGCAGUAAAUGCGAGUUGGGGUCAUUUCUAGCCGUCGUUCCGUACUGAGCGGUCAUACCAUUUUUUUUGGCUGUAUUGUAGGUUCAUAACGGUCAGUGUCUGUAUUGUACAGGAGGAUCUAACAUAGGUUCCAAUGUUACCCCUGAGGAUAACUUGCAGUGGGAAGUAGUUAGUCUGAACUCUCCCUUGCCAUUGGACGCAGGUUUCCGGAAAUUUAUCCGGUUUUUCCUGAGCGAGCAGGUUGAUCUCGGUGAAGGGGAUUUGUUUUUACUCCUGAAAAAUGUAAACGUAUUAUAAUAGUGGCAAUUUUUGUCCUUAUAUCACUUGUAUAAUCACUGAUUUUUCAUGUCUGACAUUAAACGCCGACCGCUAUUUAAACGGCGGGCUAGACGGCAAAUGGA